AUGAACCCAUACAAUCAACAGCCAUACGGGUUUCCGCAGCAAACACCAGGCCCGCCACAACCGCCAUGGCAAGUUCCCCCUCGACGACAAGGAUGGGGAGACCCCAGACUUCACGGACAGCAGCAGCAACCGCAGCAGCCACAGUCUCCAGCGUCUCCUUAUCAUGCCGCGGGACUCUCGUCGAAUGCGUUCGGGCCUCCUCUCCCACCUCCUCCGCCGUCUCAAUACCCUCCGCCGCCGCAGUUUGACGCACAUCAGUGGGGAGUCAGAUAUAACCAGGGACUGGGCGCUCAAGCUCAAAAUCAACACCAGGAACCCAAACCUGCGUUGCCGCCGCGUCCUUCCUCCGCCACGGGCAGGAUAAGCCCGCAGCCUCAUCAGACGAGCUACUCGCAGCAGCCACCAUCGGCACCGUCACAACAACAGUAUGGGACAUCGUGGAACGACCCCUAUCACACGAGCACGACGGUACCACCUCCUCCACCUCCCCGACCGGCCGAGUAUCAGGCCCAGAUACAGGCCGCCCAUCACAAUCGAACCGGAACUCCCCAUCAAGAAUACUCGUAUCAGCCUCCCACGCAUCACUACGAUCCUCCUGCGCUGCAACAGAACGCAUGGAGCGCUCAACAUGGACAGCCGACGGCACCACCGUAUCAUCCGACACCACCUCCUAUGCAACAGACGUCAGGGGUACUGGACGGUCCAUUGGUCUCGCCGAUAGAUUCCACGAGUGGUUAUUGGAGUAGUGGUCAUCAGGCGCAUUCCAGUACAAGUCAGGCUCCCAGUCACUACAAUCCUCCUGCUGCGAUCCAGACUCCAGAUUUCAAACCUGCAUUUUCUCAAGCAUUAGGUUUCGGCGGACCCUCAGACUGGGAACAUUACGAUCCCAAUGCACCUCCCCCAGAGCAAACACCGACCAGCCCUCCACCAAAUCCUCUAUACCAAGAUCCCAUUUCCCCUCCGCGGACACACGCAACCCUGCCUGCUACUUAUCAAACUCCGAAACCAGAACCUGUUCUCCCGACCCAUGCCGUUGAGAUUGGCCUCAACAGUCCAGUGUCACCUCGAAAAGACUCGCGGGCUCAACUGCCUCCCAGAGUUGACAGCGUUCCAUCCCCGCCAUCGCAACCUGCGGAUGAGAGACCUUCGUCUGCUGGCCAACAUAGCGGCGAAGUUUCCGCACGUUCUGACAGCCUCAAUGGGACAGGGAUCGACAGCGUCAUUCAAGCUUGGAAUGCUCCCUUGAAUGUACGGUCGGCUCAAGACUCGACACCGAGACCCGAAUCCCGUGCGUCUGCUCCGCGGGUUACAUCUCCGGAGCCAGGUAUAUCUCCAGUCAGCGUGAAAGUGAUUGAUCCCUACGCUGAUCUAGAACCGGAGUUCAAAGCAUCACUGAAGAGGUAUGCGGCGAUGCUGCGAAAGGAGGCAGAAGCCGAGACGGAUGACGACAAAUUCGAGAUCUUCCAGAGCUUUGUCAACAAGGAGCUGAGACUGAGGAGUCUGCUUUACGGGGUUGAACUCAAGAAGGAAGCGGGCAAGGAGGUCAAGAAGGCGGCCAGCCUGGCAGAUAUCCAGGCUAUCUUGCCCAACUCCACCUUUCCCUCGAGCGGGACAAGUAAAGGUCUUGAUCGCGUUGAUGAGUCAGUCGGUAUACCGUCCGACCAGGUGACAGCACCGUCGCUAGCCCAACAAUCACAAUCACAACCGUCCAUCAAUACGAUACCAGAACCCGCCCAAGCAAAUACUGUGCAAAGAGAACAACCGCUCGGCAUUCCCAAGUCUGCAGAGGCUGUCUCUCCUGCUCCAGAGCCGUCAGUCAAACCAGUCGUCGAAACCCGCCCGAAGUCGAAGGAUGGUCCUCAUGUGAUCAUUCCAGUGGCAGGUCAUGACGAUGCUUAUAGCCCUGGUGGGCGGCCGUUAAUGACAAAAGUUGCGGGUGGUGGUGAGGAGCAAGAAUACAGCCCCGGUGGUCGACCGGUUGCGACGAAACCCACAGACGAGGAAGGAGAAACAUACAGUCCUGGUGGUCGUCCAAUCGCUGCCAAACCCGUUGAGGCUUCAUCGACGAAACCUUCCUCUAUUAGUACGGUGAUCCCACAGCAGCUUCCCCAACGAUCAGAAGAUAUGUUAUCGCCGAGCAAUGAUGCUCCAAUGGUCAUCGAAGACUAUGCAACCCCCGGACCACCUUCACCAAGCGUGAACGCCCCAAUAGUCGUCAUACCCGAAGCUCCACGCGCCCAAGAUUCACCAGGACGACCUCCUCCAGGUAACGGCAGCAAGCCGGUCGUACCUAUCAAGUUUGAGCCUGCUCGUCCUGCAUACACGCCAUUUCGGUACAAUGCCGGUGUCCAGGAAGAGAAGAGCAAGACCCUAAAACCAGCAGAUCAGGCGUAUUCCUCGUUGCGAAAUUCGGUGGCUGACUCAGGUCGCUUGAUGGCUCAAGACACGACACUACUGGCGCCUGUUAGACCGUCCUCCACCACCGGCAAAAAAGAACACGAAGAGGCGUUCAUUGGCUUGAUCAGAAAGCAGAGCAUGGCUGUGAGACAGAAAACUCCAGGACCAGGCCCAGGACUACCGCCUCCAGGAAUCAGGCCUGGCAGCGAGCCUACAACCUCUCCUCGGCCUGAGCCUCCCCUGGUCAUGCGUGUUGGGACUCCCGCCACAGCGUCGACCAAGCCACAACAGGUGCCGGCGGACCCUCUCAAAGCAGCAGUUACUGCGCUGCGCUCCCUGUUACCGCCCGCACCGGACAUAUUCUCCCCUAUAGAGGCUAAUCCUGAGCAUCCAAAACUCAAACUCAUCAAGUCUAAAAUCGACUCCAUUCCCGACGCUUUCACCUUCAUCCACGACACAGUAGUGGAAUGGGAUCGCACCAACCGUCUCGUCCGUAAAGAACAAGAAGCUGAACGACAGGCCCGCCAAGAAGAAUCUGAAGGGCACAUUGACGCCCUCUUCAACGACAAUGAGAUUGGAUAUGCAGAUAUUGGAGAGUUAGAGGCGGAAUUCAAACUCAAGGAGGCGGAGAAGAGGUUUGACGAGGACCAAGCAGAGCUGGAAAGCUUUACGAGCCAAGUCUUCGUAGCUGUGACGGAGCGAUUGCAGAAAGAAAUUGCGGAGCUGAUGACGGCGUAUACCAUGGCGGUUGACUUGCUCGAUAUCGACAGUUUGGCGGUGUCUCGCUGCUUCAAAGCCAAUGAUAGGGGGACUGCAGUGAGGAUGACCGAAGUCAUGUCGUACGUCCUUACCUUGUUUAACAAGAUCGAGAUCCGCCAUACCAAAGUUGCCGAAGCGCACGUGGAGCGUGAGAGGCGUCGCAAACAUCUCGAACUCACUGUGCUAUACACCAACGGCGACGUGCAAGGCGUGAAGAAACUGGAGAAAGAAUUUGCAGUAGCGGAGAAGAUGGCCGUUCUGCACGAAGCACGGGGCCGAGACAACAGAGCGAACAAGUUGAUGGAUUCGUUCGACCGCGCCACCGUACGCGGGCUGGGCGAUAACCAGGUCUUCACGGAUGAGGUGUUGAGCAGGCUUCAAGAUAUCAAGAGGGCAAUCGACGCGGGAGCGGUCCAGAACGAGAAGGAGAGACUGUACGAACCGGACGGUGCACGGGAUACACUGUCCCUGGCUCAAAACGCACUGGACACGGUCAUGGCAGAUUCUCGCCGUCUCCUCGCUCUCUCGAACGAGGCGGACGUCUUGCUCAACGACGCCGACUAUAAUGUGUCCGUCGCGGAGGCGCGGGUGGCCAAUGCGGACAAACCGACGUACACGAACCUGGAGAAUGAAAAGGCCAAAGAGGACGCCAAGUUGUUUGAAGAGAUGAAUGUGAGGACGAGCAGUGUUACCAAAGGACCGCAGGAGGGUAUUUCCCUGAUCCGCGAGAUGGUGGAUCGGAUCGGGGAUGAUCCGGCGCAUCAGGAACGGAUCAAGAAGGCUUUGGAGAAAGCGAAGAUGAGGAAUGCGAAUGGGGCGAGUAAUGAGGGUGGAUGA